AAUGGGUUUAGGGUUGGACUAGGGUUUAUUUGGAGAAUCGAAUCCAAACGGCGCGAGUGGUAGAAGCAAUUGGAGUAUUUUUCUAGUAAUUUAAAACAAAACCCUUACUCCUUUGUUUUCAUUCAUCGCCUCCAUUUCUAAAACCCUAACUCACUCACUCACUAACACACAACAUAAGACCAUGUCUCCCUCCGACACCAAGAAGAAGAAGCACCGCAGCACCAAACAAGAUGACGAAACCAACGACAAGGAGGAUUUGAUGAUCAAACCGCAAAGCUUCACACCCCCAAUCGACACUUCCCAGUGGCCAAUCCUUCUCAAGAACUACGACCGCCUCAACGUUCGAACCGGACACUACACCCCCAUCCCCUCCGGUUACUCUCCGCUCAAACGCCCUCUCACCGAAUACCUCAAGUACGGUGUUCUCAACCUCGACAAACCCGCUAACCCCUCUUCCCACGAGGUUGUCGCUUGGAUCAAACGCCUCCUUCGUGUCGAGAAAACCGGUCACAGCGGUACCCUCGACCCCAAAGUCACCGGCAACCUCAUCGUCUGCAUUGACCGUGCCACGCGCUUGGUCAAGUCCCAACAGGGUGCCGGAAAAGAGUACGUCUGCGUCGCUCGCUUGCAUUCCUCUGUUCCCGAUGUUUCCAAGGUCGCUCGCGCCCUUGAGACCCUCACCGGCGCCGUUUUCCAGCGCCCGCCGCUCAUCUCCGCCGUCAAGCGCCAGCUUCGGAUUCGGACUAUCUACGAAAGUAAGCUUCUUGAGUAUGACCCUGAUAGGCAUCUUGUUGUUUUCUGGAUUUCAUGUGAGGCUGGGACCUAUGUUAGGACCAUGUGUGUUCAUUUGGGGCUGCUUCUUGGUGUUGGGGGACACAUGCAGGAGCUUAGGAGGGUUCGUUCCGGGAUCAUGGGUGAGAAGGAUAACAUGGUUUCCAUGCAUGAUGUGAUGGAUGCUCAGUGGGUUUAUGAUAAUUAUAGGGAUGAGAGUUAUUUGAGGAGGGUUGUUAUGCCUUUGGAGGUUCUGUUGACUAGUUAUAAGAGGUUGGUUGUCAAGGAUUCUGCUGUUAAUGCCAUUUGUUAUGGUGCCAAGUUGAUGAUCCCCGGUUUGCUUAGGUUUGAGAAUGACAUUGAUGUUGGGGAGGAGGUUGUGCUCAUGACCACCAAGGGUGAGGCUAUUGCCCUUGGGAUUGCUGAGAUGACUACUGCUGUCAUGGCUACUUGUGAUCAUGGUGUUGUCGCCAAGAUCAAGAGGGUCGUCAUGGAUCGGGACACUUAUCCCAGGAAAUGGGGUUUGGGUCCCAGGGCCUCCAUGAAGAAGAAACUCGUUGCUGAAGGCAAGUUGGAUAAGCACGGGAAGCCAAAUGAGAAAACUCCCCAAGAGUGGCUUAGGAAUCUGGUUUUGCCUGCUGGUGGGGAUAGCAUGAUUGCGGGAAUGGCUGCUGCUCCUGAACCUGAGGCUGCCAAGAAAGAGAUUGCUACUGUGGAUGGGGAAGGCCGUAAGAGAAAGAAGCAUGAUAGCACCGAUAGCCCCACCUCACUUCCUGCUAAGAAGGUGAAGGUUGAUGAAGUGCAAGAGGUUGAAAAGCUAGAAAAGGUGAAGAUGAAGAAGGUUGGCGAAGAUGCUGUGGAGAUCAAAGUUGAGAAGAAAGAGAAGAAGAAAAAGAAGAAGGAUAAGGAUAAUGGUGAAGUGGCAUCUUCAGAUGAGGAGAAAAGUGGAAAAGAGAAGAAAAAGAAGAACAAGGAUAAGGUUGAGGAUGGUUCGCCCAAUGUAGACAAGUCUGAAAAGAAAAAGAAGAAGAAGAAGGACAAGGAAGCUGAAGAUAAUGCUGCUGAUAUUAGUAAUGGGAAGGAUGACGAUAAUGCUGAUAAGAGUGAAAAGAAGAAGCAUAAGAAAAAGAAAAACAAAGAUGCUGAGGAGGAAUAGAUGAAGGCAUAUUUUUGUGUUUGUUUAAUUAAGUGGACUAGUUAUGUAAUGCCUAUUUCUUUCUUGAUCAUUCAUAAUUUCACUUUGUUUAAUGUGUUGCUUGUUCUUCGACAUUUUGGUAGUUUUUCUGAUGCUUUUUUUUCCCCUCCACAAUUAGUCAAUUA